AUGCGUGUUGCAGUCGCCUUCAGGUUGCUGAGCUGGGUCGCCUGGCUUCCCAGCCCACAACUCUUUCUGAAUUACUGCGUCUGGCUGAACAGCAACAGGACUUGGAACUGCAAAAUGACUCGGAACAGCAUGUCUUUUGUGCUGCCUCGAUGUAAGCUCGACGUUGACAUGGAGACGAUGCCAGAUGACAAGCUGGAUGAUUUGGUUGCCCGCGUGCAACAGCAAGCCAAGGUUCACUUUUCUGCUGCAGACUUUGUCGGACUCUCACAACAGGAACUGGCCUCAGCCUACAUUAAGCUGAGUGACAGCUACAAGGCUGUCAUGGGAGAUCAAGAGCAACUCACAAUGCGCCUUCAAAACCUUCAGAACGAUGUCAUUCAGUUCCAGAGCAUCCAGCGCCAAAUUCUCGAAAUGGAGCACCGCCACUCCCGAGCUUUGAGUGAAACCCAAGUCUUCCAGACGCGCCUCGAACGCAUUGGCAAAUACAAGGAGACAUUCAAGACCCAGCUGAAGGUGAUUGAAGCACUAGAACAAGCCAUCGAUAAGGAAGCACCCAAGUUUCUAGACCCAACCACAGUAACAAGUGGAUCGCGGUAUCAACGGCUGCUGGCCAAGCAACUCAUGUUGGAGCGACAGCGACUGACGCAGCGCCGACAGCAGCAACAAGCCAACGCCCAAAGACAAAAGGUGGCCGACAGUCAAUCAUCAACCGCCACAGCCCCUGUAGACCCACAAGCGAUACAGCGACUGGACAAGCAAAUUCAUGAAUUGGAGACGCAGAACCAGCAACUACGCAACCAACUUUAUGAAUUGCACAAUGCACAAAGCCAUUUGCCGGACAGUACCAUGGACAUGUCCACCCUUGUGGAGCGACGGAAUGGACUCGAGUCGGAGAUUGAGCGUCUCAAACAGGCCCAUCGACAAAAAGUGUCUGCUCUCCAAGUGCAACUAGCCUCCUUGAUGACCACAGUCUCAACAGCCUGA